AUGGCGGAGGUUCUGCUCAACACGAGACAACGCAACCAGCGGAGAAACAGCGUGUUUAUACUCAACAUCUACAGCAAUCCCAGGGACUCUCGAGAACAGUUCAAGACGAUAUUUAAGAAGUCCGUCGACCUGGCUGGCACCCAUCCCCUGGUAGUCGUCGGGGACUUCAACGCCCCGUACGGACUGUGGGGCUACAUCUACGACACGAGCAAGGGCCGGGGUCUGUGGCAGAACGCCAACGAAAUGGACCUCACGCUCAUCACGGACAAGGCGUUCCCGACCCGAAUCGGCAACUCGGUGUGCCGGGACACCACCCCCGAUCUGGCGUUCGUGAAGAACAUCGCGGGAGCCGAGUGGAGUAACACCGCAAUGGAGUUUGGUAGCGACCAUUACGUGCUCGAGACCCGCUUCGACGUCGCCCGAAGUAAAUCUAGAGAGUUCACCAUCACAGACUGGGACCAUUUUCGCAAGCUCCGCGGCAACGAAAGCGCACCCGUCCCCGAAGACCUGGAAGACUGGUGCAAGAGAAUCAAGAGUGACGCGGAGUCGUCCACCAAGAAGAUCGUCACCGACCUGGAGGUAGAGAAGAUGGACAGCAGGCUAGCCCACCUAAUCGAGGCCAAGCAGGCACUGCUCCUCCGAUGGAAGGGACAAAGGUUAAACCGAAGAUUGAGGAAAAAGAUCUCCGAGCUCAACAAAGCCAUCGAAGAUCACUGUCGGACCCUCGGCAAGCAGCAAUGGGACGAGGGCAGCACCAGAUCCAACCAGAGACACACGCUCGCCAGAGCCCUGCACGAAGGUACCAGAUCCUGUUCCGGGGACGAGCUGGUAACCAAGCUCAUGGGGAAGUACCUGCCCGUAAAGCACGGAGACGAGGAAGUCCGGUUUCCCGACUACCUCGGCCCGGCCCGUCCGGAGUUGGACGAAGACUUCACCGUGGCGGAAAUCAGGCAAGCCAUUUUUGCACUCAACGGCAAGUCUGCCCCGGGUCCCGACGGCAUCACCAACAAGAUGCUGCGGAACCUUGACGACCGUUCAAUCGGAUACCUCACCGAGAAGAUCAACGGGACGUGGAGAAACGGCAGUGUCCCAGAGAACUGGAGGACCGCCAACACCGUCCUGAUCCCCAAACCCGGCAAGGCUCCGAACGUGGACAAUCUCCGACCCAUCUCUCUAACGUCCUGCGUCGGGAAGGUGGCGGAGCAUGUCGUCCUCAACAGGCUAAGCAGAUAUCUCGAAGACAACGUCUAUACUCACAACAUGAUUGGUUUCCGCGCCGGCCUCUCGACGCAGGAUGCCAUGAAGAUGAUCAAACAUCACAUCAUCGACGGCAGUACCAGGGACACCAGGGCCCUGCUCGGACUCGACCUCGAGAAAGCGUUUGACAACGUUCUCCACGAAUACAUCCUGGCUGCCAUCGCGGACCUCGAGCUGGGCCCCAGGCUGUACAACUACGUCCGUUCGUUCCUGACGGGGAGGAAAGCGAAGCUGCGGAUCGGCGAAUUUGUCUCCGACGAGGUGCUCUUGGGCCCACGGGGCACGCCGCAAGGCUCGGUCAUUUCGCCCGCGCUCUUCAACAUCUGCAUGACCGACAACGCUUUUCGCCUCGUGCGAAGGGUGACGAACAGACGUCGUGGCCUCAAGGAGGACAACCUGCUCCGGCUCAUCAAUGCCUUUGUGCUGUGUCACUUCACCUACACGGUGGCCAUGCACAACUGGCUCAGAGCCGAGCGGGACAAGCUCAAUGCCCUCAUUAGAAAAAUUGUCAAGAAAGCCCUCGGGCUGCCCGUCAGAACGCAUACAGAGGACCUCCUCCGGCUCGGCAUACACAACACCAUGGAGGAGAUAGCCGAGGCUCAGGAACGGGCCCAGCUAACUCGGCUAUCCACCACGCCGGCCGGCAGGCGGAUCCUUGAGGAGAUCGGACUCACCCCCACCAAGAACUUGGCUAGCAACGCCCAGAUCCCCAGAGAAAUAGGGGAGAAGCUCGUCGUCGCCCCGUUGCCCCGCAACGUUCAUCCCGUGCACAACGCAGGUCGUCGCAAGGCAAGAGCGUCCACGAUAUUAAAGCAAAUCUGCAAGGACAAGAUUGAAGCAAGCUUCGUUGACGCCGCCGCGUACCGAGACGGCAAGGCUUUUGCGGUUUCCGUCGUGGACACCUUGGGCAAAGUCAUCAACUGUGCCUCAGUUCGGACGACGGAACCCGAGGUGGCCGAGCAGGUUGCCAUUGCACUCGCCAUGCAAGACGGUCGGAGAGACAGGGUGUAUAGCGAUUCGAAAGUGGCCGUCAGGGCAUUCCAGAAAGGCCGGGUAGCCCGGCAGGACGUGAAACUCGGCGAGCCUAUUCUCAAAUGGGGAACUCAGGACGAGCGUGAGAAGGCCGGUGGCUGCGACAUGACAGAGCAUGCUUGA